CAUCCUCCAGCUGAGCUGCGCUAUUGGUGAGGAAAUUGUUAUUUAACAGCAAAUUUCAUUAGAGUGUUGUACUAAAAAUCCGUAAAAAUGUCCAUAGCCAAGCGUGUACAGCAAUGGGCCACUUUUGCGCGAACAUGGCACAUAUACGAUUGUACCUGGCAGAACCCAUUUGAUUCGGCGUUGCUGAUAAAGAAGCAUAUAAUGGGAUUGCACAAGCCAAUUUACCAUCCAAUGAGUAAGUUGAACAAUAUGAAUGAAUAACCCUGCAUGCAUAUA